UUCCUCUGCACAGGUUUUGAUAAAUCUUCCCCAUUGUGCUUCAAUAAUUUAAGCACCUGCCCUGAAAAUAGUCUAUCCUAAAAUCAUCUCCUCGCCCUACCAGCGACAUGGCAUUCUGUUCAUUUGGCAUCUGCUGGACGCCCACCUCAGAUUUGGCAGGUCCAUAUAAAAAGGGUUUCCCACCUAGGAAGAAGUUAGUCACAACAGCAACACCACCACAAGGAGUAGCUGGCUGUCAUCUGCCACUGUCCAGAACAGAGACCACCAUUCUCCAGCUUCUCAUGGAGACAAUCUACCAACCUAUUAUAAAGAUGGAAGAGGAUUAUGCCCUAUGUUCGGAUUCUGACCCUGAAUCUACUUACAUCCCCACAUCUUGGGACUGGAAACAAAACACUGGGAACUAUUCUCUAAGUCAAACGCCGUCUCCUCAGAGCUUAUCUCCUACAGCCUCCUAUGAGUCUCCAUUCUCUGGUUCUUCACAUCCACCAAGCCUGGAAGAGAUUCCUUACAGUGACGACAUGGUGACCUUCAGGUUAUUGCAAUAUCCUACUGACUGUCGGGGCGAUAUGGAAGAGAACAAAGGUGUACAAAGCAACAAACAUGGACAACACCAUCUCAAAGCUUCUAUGAAUACUCAACGGAGGCGAAAGGCCAGCGAGAGGGAGAAGAUGAGGAUGAGGGCCAUAGCAGAAGCCCUCCAUACCCUGAGGCGGAAUUUACCCCCAGUCUACAGCCAAGGUAGACAACCUCUUACUAAGAUCCAGACAUUAAAGUACACCAUUUCCUACAUUGAGGAGCUUACCAACCUUCUCAACAACACAAAAGGAACAUAACCGCAUUAAGAUCAGCUUGACCCACCAGUGAUGGACACCUCUGGAUGCUUGUAAUACCAAGCGAUGAAUGACUAGUAUGAGUAUGGACUAGUAUGGACUUCUGGUUACUUGGACUUGGGACAGUCUUUGAUCGAAAAAAGGCUUUAGCAAUGAGGACAAUGCCUCUAUGUGUCUUUGGCAACCUAUGCCAGUUUUUACACCGUUACGGAUGCAGGUCAAUGGCUUGUUUAAAGAACUGGAACAUCUGGAUUUUUUCCUCCCUAAUUCUGUCACAUAUUCUCUAAAUUUGAAAGUUUUUGAAUAACGGACUUGUUAAGGACAAGAUGAAAGUCUUAUUCCCAUAUGUAUAUGCUAGUUGACUGUUUCUUAUAGUGCUGUAUUGUUUUGUAUAUAAGGUGUGAGCAUGAACAGCACAAAGUUGUACAAUUUUCUAAAUGUAUUUAUAUCCUUUUGCGGAUCAUGAUGUUUCAUUGUUAAUAAAACAUG